AUGAUUAAGUCUAGCUGGGGUGUCCCCUCCCCACUCCCAAGUCACAGAGCCAACAGGACACCGGCCACCCCUUAUGUUGACAGCUACCAGCACAUGAUCCAGGUCUCUGACAUGCCAUCCAGACUAAGGAAGACCCGGAAACUUAGGGGCCAUGUAAGCCACGGCCACGGCCGCAUCGGCAAACACCGGAAGCACCCGGGAGGCCACGGUAAUGCUGGUGGCAUGCAUCACCACAGGAUCAACUUCGACAAAUAUCACCCAGGAUACUUUGGGAAAGUUGGUAUGAGGCAUUACCACUUAAAAAGGAACCAGAGCUUCUGCCCAACUGUCAACCUUGAUAAAUUGUGGACCUUGGUCAGUGAGCAGACACGGGUAAAUGCUGCCAAGAACAAGACUGGAGCUGCUCCUAUCAUUGAUGUGGUGCGAUUGGGUUACUACAAAGUUCUGGGGAAGGGAAAGCUCCCAAAGCAGCCUGUCAUCGUGAAGGCCAAAUUCUUCAGCAGAAGAGCUGAGGAGAAGAUUAAGGGUGUCGGGGGGGCUUGUGUCCUGGUAGCUUGAAGCCACAUG